GCGGCCUCCGCCCUCCGCCGCUGCGAUCUCCCUUCCCGCUCUCGCCUCCCCUCCGCCAGGCCGGCCUCUCUCGUCUCCUCCGCCCGCCGCCAUGGCUCCUGGACUCUACACGGACAUCGGCAAGAAGACCAGAGAUCUGCUGUACCGGGACUACUGCACACACCAGAAGUUCACCCUCACCACAUGCACCCCGGAGGGCGUUGCAAUCACAGCUGCAGGAACAAGGUUAAACGAGUCCAUCUUUGGUGAGCUUCAGACCCAGCUUAAGACCAAGAACCUAACAGUUGAUAUCAAAACAAACUCAGAGUCAGAUCUUUUGACGACAGUCACAGUUGAUGGGUUAGGAACUCCUGGGCUGAAAUCAAUCCUCAGCUUGGUUGUUCCAGACCAGAGGUCAGGGAAGCUGGAUUUCCUGUACUUGCAUGAAUUGGCCGGUCUCAAUGCAAGUGUUGGGCUGAAUCCCAACCCUAUGGUUAAUCUCUCUGGUGUCUUUGGAAGCAAAGAACUGUCAGUUGGUGUUGAUGUUUCAUUCGACACGGCAACUAGCAAUUUCACCAAGUACAAUGCUGCAUUAAGCCUCACAAAUCAGGAUCUUAUUGCUUCCCUCCACCUGAACAACCAUGGUGACACCUUGACUGCAUCUUACUACCACUUGGUAAAGCUACAUUCGUCCACUGCUGCUGUUGGAGCUGAGCUGUCCCACAGCUUCUCAAGGAACGAGAGCACAAUGAUAUUUGGAUCGCAGCACUCGUUGGAUCCCCACACCACCGCGAAGGCACGCUUCAACAACUAUGGCAUGGCCAGUGCCCUUGUCCAGCAUGAAUGGCGCCCCAAGUCACUCAUCACAAUCUCUGGUGAGGUUGACACAAAGGCAAUUGAGAAGAGCACGAAAGUUGGUUUGUCAUUGGUGCUCAAGCCUUGAGAUACAUAUUUUGGAUAGUGCAUAUCUUUUAAAUUCAGUUUUGGUUGAUGGGAAUAACAUGGGGGGAGUACAUAGCCCCAGGUCAUCUUUGUGGCAUCAUUAUGUUCUUGAAUUCUUCUUUUGCCCACAUAAUCUGUUAUCUAGGCAAAUGUUAACGCUGACCUUAUUAUUUUGAUCAUCAGCGCCUGUUAAUAAUUUCUGGUGAUUAAGACCUGCUGUGAAUCUUUUCAAAUGUGAUAGAUUGGUUGUUACAGUUGUGUUAA